AUGACCGUGAACUCGAUAUUGGCGGGAACGGCUGUACGGGCCCCUGGGCAGUCUCUCGGUGAAAAGCAGUAUGCCCUCUGUGAGCCGACCAUGAAGCUGGACAGACUUCGCACAGGGUGGAGUACCGUGGCCAGUGGACUCCUGCUUCUCUUCGUUCGGGAUCAGGGUGAGGACUCUGCCAGCCCCAUCUGGACCAUGCACACAGGGCAGGUGCAAGGGAGCCUUGCCCACAUAAAUUACAUCAAUGUGGGGGUCCACACCUUCUUGGGAACUCCCUUUGCCAAGCUGCUUCUAGAGCUGCUGCAGUUUGUACCCACUAAGCCCCCUGAAUCUUGGAGUGGUAUAAAGUAUGGGACCUCUAGCGUGGCCAUGUAAGCCGGGGAGUCCAGGGAACUCCAGGCUCUGAGCUCUGAGGUUCUGAAACUGAUGAAUCUGCCCCUGCCACCCACCUGCAUGUCUGAAGAUUGCCUGUACCUCAGUAUCUACACUCGCCAUACCCAUAAUGGCUCUAACCUGCCUAUGAUGAUGUGGAUCUAUGGUGCUAGGCUUAGGACAUGGGGCAUGGCCUCCAUGUAUAACAGCUCCGCACUGGUAGCCAUAGUUGUGAUGGUGGUCAUUAUCCAGUACUACCUGGAUGUUCUUGGCUUCUUCAGCACUGGAGAUAAGCAUGCAACCGGCAACUGGGGCUACCUAGACCAAGUAGCUGCACUACCCUGGGUCCACCUCCACUUUGAAGGUGACCCUAGCUGUGUCACCAUUUUUGGCAAAUCCAUGGGUGGCACAAGUGUGUCCUGGCAUGUCCUGUCCCUCAUGUCCCAAGGACUCUUCUACGGCACCAUCAUGGAGAGUGGAAUAGCUCUGAUGUCUGGCCUCAUUGUCAGCUCAACAGAUGUGGUCUCCACAGGCAAGUCGGCCCUGGCUGCCCAUGGGAAUGUGGUAGUAGUCACAAUCCAGUAUCGCCUGGGGUGCCUUGGCUUCCUCAGUCCUGGGGACAAGCAUGUGCCUGGUAACUGGGGCUUCCUAGAUUUGGUGGCUGCUGUACCCUGGGUGCAGGGAAACAUUAAUCCCUGGGGUGACCUCAACUCUGUCACCAUCUUCGAUGAAUCUGCCAGUGCCUGCAUUGUUUCUGCCCUGAUGAUGUCACCUCUAGCCCAGGGUCUCUUCCACUGGGCCAUUUCCCAGCAUGGCACUGCAGUACUCAGAGCCUUCAUCACUCUUGACCCACUAUAGGUGGCCAAGAAGGUUGCCCAGCUAGCAGGUUGCAACCACAACAGCACACAUAUUCUAGUAAACUGCCUGAGGGCAUGAUCAGGGGUGGAGGUGAUGUGUGUGUCCAAGAAGAUGUUCUUCCACUUGAACUCCCAAGAAGAUCCUCAGGAAAUUAUGUGGCUCAAGCCUGUGGUGGACAGUGUAAUGUUCCCAGAUGACCUUGUGGUACUCCUGACAUGGGGGCAGGAUGUAUCUGUGCCCUGCCUUCUGGGUGUUGACAACCUGGAGUUCAGCUGGCUCUUGCCUUUCAUCAUGAAGUUCCCAUUAAAUUGAUACAUGAUGAGAAAAGAAAUCAUCACGAAGCUGCUCUGAAGUACCAGUACCUUGUUGAAUGUCACCAAGGAGCAAUUAUCACUGGUAGUGGAGGAGUACCUGAGUCUGGGUGAUUUUGAUGACCAUGGCUGGAAGAUGUUACAAAACCAUGUGAUGUACCUAGGGGAUGCUACCUUUGUGUACUCCACACUGAAGGCUGCUGACUACCACUGUAGCCAUUCCACAGGUGAGAAGAUACUGGGCCUCCAGAUGAUGAAAUACUGUGCCAACUUUGCCCUCGCAGGAAAUCCCAACCAUGGGAAGCCGCCCUACUGGCCAGGAUACAACAAAGAGGAGAAGUACCUGCAGCUGGAUUUUGCCACAAGGGUGUGA